AUGGCGUCCGCAAUGGCCAAGCGUCUCGAGGGUAAGACCAUCGUUGUGACUGGUGCGUCAUCAGGAAUUGGACGCAGCACCGCGAAAGAAUUUGCUCGUUCAUCGCCCAAAAACCUCAAGAUCAUUGUCACUGCGCGCCGCGUGGAUGCCCUGAAAGAGCUGGCCGCCGAGAUCAAGGCCGAGGUUGGCGAGGGUGUCCAGGUGCUUCCUGUGAAAUUGGAUGUGAGCAACCCAGAGGAGAUCAAGAACUUUGUCCCUUCUCUACCGGCUGAGUUCCAGGAGAUUGACGUCCUUGUGAACAAUGCUGGUCUUGUCAAGGGUGUUGCUCAGGCGCCUGAGAUCGCCACUGAGGAUAUGAACGUCAUGUUCAAUACCAACGUUACCGGUCUCAUCAACAUGACUCAAGCUAUCCUGCCCAUUUUCAAGAAGCGGGAUGAGGGCGGUCGUGGCGAUAUCAUCAACAUUGGAAGUAUCGCCGGUCGUGAGCCUUAUGCUGGAGGAAGUAUCUACUGCGCCACCAAGGCUGCCGUUCGCUCUUUCACCGAUGCCCUGCGAAAGGAGUUGAUUGCCACGAGAAUUCGUGUGAUCGAGAUUGAUCCUGGUCAAGUCGAGACCGAGUUCUCUGUUGUGCGAUUCUAUGGAGACAAGUCAAAGGCCGACGCCGUCUACAAGGGAGUUGAGCCUCUGACUGGAGAUGAUAUCGCCGAAGUUGUUGUGUUUGCGGCUAGCCGUCGUGAAAAUGUGGUCAUCGCCGAUACGCUCGUCUUCCCCAGCCACCAAGCUGCCGCGGGUGUCAUGCACCAGCUGUCAUGUCUAUAA